AUAUAUACCGACAGCGUUAAAGCCUCCUUUUCGUAAAUCUCAGCGAGUUUCAACUGCACAUCCUCACCACCAAUACUACUUCCAAAGGCAGAUACACCACCACCGUGCUUAUGAUUAAAGAUGACUGAAAUUACUUCCAGCAAACCAGAGAUAACCAAUCCUUUCGAACAGAUUCUUACGGACUGUCAACACGAUCCGAGUAAAGUCCAAGACUGCUAUGAAGAUCACCGUACGAAUAGGAAUGCGCAAUCCAAGGACAAACUUCUAAGCCCUGAUUUCUCGGGCUGGCAGACAGAUGAAAUUCUCCGCAAGUUGCACGAACACGCAACCAACACACAAAGAGAUAGCGAACCCUCCUUUGUUGAUCCUCGAAACAAUUUCACCCUUUAUGCCCGACCGCCACCAAAUAUCCGAGAACUGGUGGCUGAGAUCCAGGCGGAUAUUCAAGAUGCUGCACCAGCCAUCUGGGUGACACCAUCGGAUUUCCUGCACAUUACCGUGAUGGAAAUGGCUAGUGGACGGACAGAAGCGGAUAUCGAGGCGUUUCUCACCCAUUUACAAGAGAGUGGCACGAUACCAGACUUGGUGGAUUACACUUUCCAUCAUCGGACGCGGUUGGUUAAGCCUAUUCUCAGCUAUGAUGCAACUGCCAUGGCCUUGAGCUUCGUUCCUGCGGCUGGGGAGGAUAUUGCCGUUGGAAACCAGACAUACUGCGGUGAAGGGGAUAAGUAUACCUAUCACCAUUUGCGACAUGAUCUUUUUGAUCGCUUGACUGCAACCGGUUUACUGAUGAAACCGAGGUACAUUGUUCCCUCGGCACAUGUUACCAUUGCGCGGUUUUUUACACAUGAUGGAUUUGUGGUAGAAAGCUCAGGGCCAGAUGGAGUCCCAGCUGUAGAUCAGGAGCGAGUCGCUGCGCUGGUUGAGAGGAUCGAACAGAUUAAUGAAAAACUGCGGCAGAAUUAUUGGCCGCAGGAGAAUGGGGCCAUGCCUGCGAAAGGAGAGUGGAUUGUUGGACAAGGCAAAGGGCUAGAGCUUUGUAAAGGCAGGUCAUAUUACGGUGGAGGAGAGAAUGUUGUCACAGGGAAAGGGUUCCCAUGAUUGUCUACACAUUACAUAGAUUAAAGAUAGAAGAUCAAGCAAAUGACGACACUGAUUGGGUGUGGGCUAAUUGGUGCCUGAGGCACCAAAAGUAAAAAGAAGGUAUAAGGUCUUGGCGUCACCAGAAACGGUUAGACCGCACUUCCGUAAUAGGUGCAAUAGGGCCUAAGCGAAACGAAA